CUCUUUUUUCGAUGUGUGGAACCAAAUCGGUUCUCGGAAAUGCAUACCCCCUUCCGCAACAUAUACUCAAUGACUUGCUCCCAAACCUUCAUAGUGUGGCUAAGAAGUUUGAUGCCUCUGUAAUUCUCGCAAUUUUGAAUGUCACCCUUACCUUUAAAUAGAGGGACCAACACGCUUUCCUUCCACUCGUCAGGCAUCUUAGCCAUUCUGAAAAUAACAUUGAAGAGCUUGGUUAACCAUACCAACCCAUCGCGACGUGCAUGCUUCCAAACCUCCACCAAAAUUUCAUCCGGCCCCAAAGCUUUCUCACUCUGCAUUCCAUGGAUGACCCGAACCAUUAAAAAACAUUUUACCCCAAUGUUUUCUUGAAAAUGUAUUUUUAAUAGUGAAGUAGCAGUAAGUCAAUGCAACUUUUGACACUCAUCAGGGGUCAUCUACAAACAAUUGCUCUAAGUUUUAAACAUAGGGGUCAGGCUACGUACAUGAUUACAUGUGGGGCCUGAAUUAGGGGUCUAUUCGGAAACAACCUCUCUACUUUUGAGUAGGGAUAAGGUCUGCGUAUACACACCCUUCCAUAUCCUACUUUUGUAGGAUUUAACUGGGUUGUUGUGCAAAAUUUCCAAAAAAUGUUAUACGCUUUCAUUGCCAAUGGAGUUAAAAGAGUCAUUUUUGAUAAUGUUUUAGCUUCGUGUAAAUAAUGGACUUAACUUUGUUUGUUGGUUUCUAACGCUAUAAUAACCUGCAUACAUUUAUCUGCAUAUCACUGGGUUAAAAUGAGGUGACUACCGCAUAGAGUUCCGUGACGGUGCCGAACUGCCUUCCUGCCUAUAAAUAGAGACAUUAGUGAAGUGGUCUACAGAUAUCAAUCCAUAGAUCAUAUGCUCUUCUCCAGCGGUUUCAUUAAAUCUUGACCUCUGUGGCAGCCUUUAGCUCCCUAUUGAUUCGGCGAAGCUAGGUGAAGCAGAUAUACAGAUCAUUACACACAGCAGCAUCUCCAGAGCCAUGGAAAUGGAAGAUGUCUAUCCUGAAGUUCCGGUUGAGAUGACCAAGCUUUUCCAUGCAAUUGACCGACAACUUUAUUCAAUCCUGGUUUUCAAUCUCCAGUGUGAUCCAAAGCUAUCCAUGCUGACAAUUGCCUUUUGGAUUUGGCUAGAACACAUCACCCUCAAGGAUGUUGUGACAAAAGUAUUGUCAUUGUCCUUCGAAAUGAUCGAUGAACUCUUCGGGGAAGCUGUGAUCUGCCUUGGAUGCAUUGCGAACACCAUGUAUCAUUUCCCUAAUGCACCAACUGAGCUUUUUCUCACUCAAUAUCUUUUGCGACAGCACUUUUGUCUCAAGUACGUAUAUGAAAACCAGGCCUCGGCAUCUGCUAGGAUCAAAAAGAUUGUAUCAGGAGUUUGUGUAAAGGCAUUAGACGAUCUCAAGGCAAUGGCCAUCAACAAUAACACCCAGCAACACUUGGCUCCAAGUGAAGUGGCACUGAUUGACUACUUCCUUGGUGAGUCCUCGUCGUCGUCUCAAUCUGGUGGGGUGGUGCCUCGUCAAAUGCCAACCAUUAAGGCACCAAAAGGAAGGAGGACAAUGUUUGCUACCUUCUCAAAGGGAUUCCCAGUUUAUGAAGAGGAGAUCCGUGGGUUCUUCGGCAAGAUGUUUGGUGACUGCAUUGAUUCCAUCAUCAUGCAGGAAGUGAAUCCUGGUGAGCUGCCACUCUAUGCCCUCAUUGUCUUCACCACUCCAGGUAUACUUGACUUCAUCCUCAAAGGCACUGCAAAAGCAAAACUCUGCAUUGGCGGAAAACAGGUUUGGAUGCGCAAGUCUGUCCCAAAAACUUAUUAAAUCCAUCUCUCUCCAGCAUCUACCGCCCGUGCGUUUUCUCAACUGUUUUGUCUUGUUUUACUUUUUACCGUGUGAUGCCCGUUCAUCGUGGCACUUUCUCGUUUCGGUUUCUUGCUUGUGAUUUAGCCCCGUGUAUGGUUGUCGUUUCCAGAUGUAACAAUGGUAUGUAAACUGGUUUGAUCGAAUAAAAAUAUAUCCAAACUCUAGAAUGGAUAUUUGCUAUUUUCAUCAUAUAUGUAUUUUUAGUAUAUUCUAAGUACAUUCUGUGAAUCGGUCCAGAGUUCCACCUUAUGUUCUGAAUAAAGAAAAUGGGACAAGGGAGAGUGCACCUGAACCUGGAAUUUUUUAUUUGAGCUGCACCUGUAUUUUGCCUUAAGUCUCUGAAAGAGAGAUCACAUAAUAGACCUGGAGGCCGUAGUACACACUUGAACUCACCAGCAAAACCCAAACUCCAAUCAAAUCUCCUCAAGAAAGCCAUCAAGAUUUUGUAUCU